GCGGAAGUGACGUCGGUGCCUUAUGCAAGUAGCUAGUUAACAACAGCCUUCCACGUGCGCCUAAAAUCACGUGCCUGGUGGAGGCCAAUAGCAUACCGUGACGUGUAGCUGAGCGGCUUGCGGAGUGGGCGAGGCUGUGGUAUUAGCUCUGAAAAGUCCUAGCUGCGGGCGGGUGGUUGCUGCUCAGCGGGAAGCGGAACCCUAGAGAUGGCUUCAGCUCAGUCAGUGCUCACAUUUGCAGUUUGUAUAUUAUUGAUAACUGAGAUUAUAUUGGCGAAAAAGAGUUAUUAUGACAUUUUGGGGGUUCCAAAAGAUGCCUCUGAACGACAGAUCAAAAAAGCAUUUCACAAACUUGCAAUGAAAUAUCACCCUGAUAAAAAUAAAAGUCCUGAUGCUGAAGCAACAUUUCGAGAAAUAGCUGAAGCAUACGAGACCCUUUCAGAUGAAAAUAAACGCAGAGAGUAUGAUCAGUUUGGCCAUGAUGCUUUCACAAAUAGUGGAAGAGGAAGCAAUGAGAAUUUCCACCAGUCUUUCAAUUUCAACUUUGAUGAUCUCUUUAAAGAUUUUGACUUUUUUGGAGAGAACCAAAACACUCGUUCAAAGAGACACUUUGAAAACCACCAUUUUAGGGGCCACCAGGAUCCUUCAAGUAGGCACAGACGUCACUUUGAUGACUUUGCAUUUGGCGGAAGUUUAUUUAAUGACAUGUUUGAAGACAUGGAGAAAAUGUUUACAUUUGGUAGUUUUGAUAAUAAGCAGAGGCACAAUAUAAGACCGGAAAGCAGGUUCCAUGCGUCCAGCAAGCACUGUAGGACUGUCACUCAGCGAAGAGGCAAUAUGGUUACUACCUAUACAGACUGUUCAGGCCAGUGAGCAGGGCUCUUGGCACAUAAAGUUCAAUUUUGGCAAAGCGGAGAACCUGUGAACUGUAUCUGUAAAAGCUUUGUUUUAGACUAUAGAAGUAUAAUAAAGCAGAUCAAAUGGCAGGAAAAUAAUUCAUGCACUAGUGGAUGGUGUCAUGUAACAGAAUAGUAGGGGUGCUAUAUUACAUUGCCAUUCUAGGGAUUUGAAAACCUUGUGUAAUAAACCCUUACCAGAUGUUCAUCAUUUUCCUGAAAGUUUAAGAAUAACAAUACAAUUAUCGUUUAUACAUAAGUUCCAGUAGAUUUCCUUAGGCAUGGUAUACACUUAAGCUUUUGCUAUGAAUGGUUUUAUUUUGUCUAAAGCCAGAUUAUGCAAAAUCUCCUAGGGUAAAUUCUGUGUUCCCAUUCUUUGUUGCACUUUUCCUUUUUAAGUUUAAGAAAUUGAAUAUAUUUCUCUCUAGGAGGAAAUUAAAUAUGAUGAUUUGCUGGCUCUUUUUAACACUUUGACUUAACAGUAUUUGAGCAUGUUCAAAACGCCUGUGUGGGUUAUAGCUUAUAUUCUCCAGUUCAAGAGGUUUGAGAGGCCUAACCAAGCAGCCAUAUGAAGCUUCUGUGUGGCUUGUAUUUUCUUCCUAUUUUGUAUUUUCUUAAUUUGGCUAAAUGCUUUUUCUCACACUGCUAUGUUUUGCUAAGGUGUAGAAAAUGGCAGUAACUCCUAAAGUCCUCUGUGAAGGCUUUUAUGGGUGCCAUGUCAUUGUACCAGUCUUCCAGCUUAUGCCUUGCUUCCACAAUAACCCCUCUUGACUUCUCAGAAAAUAAGCUUCCCCACGAAGUCAAUUCCCUACAAUGUUAAAGAGUUACAUUGACUUCCAUGGUAAUUCAAGCAAUACAUUAUUGGUCUAGCCAGCUACAGCUGUGGAACACUUGCAAUGUGCAAUAUUUUUAUAGUGCCUGAUGGUGCUUUUGUGAUCAGACGUUUUUAUUUUUGUGUAACAGAACUGCACUUUUCCUGGCAUAUGCCAUAUGACUAGUUAUCUUAUGGAUAGUAACAAAUGCCACCUGUUUUACCUCAUGUGUGGAGUGAAAAUAAAUGAUACCGUAACUUCAA